AUGAGAUAUAUCAGAAACAACAUCAUAGCCUCGCUGAUACGAACAGAACACCAUCUUACGAUAAGCCUCGCGACCACCUCAAGGUGUACUGGCCGGCUGGUACCAUUGCGUUUGGCGCCACUAACCUUCCAUCCCGCUCUCCCUCCUACAGCUUCUAAAUUCUCCUUUACUUGUAUACGGUCACCCUAUCCUAUAGCAUCACGGUGGACGUCAAAGUUAAAGGGUGCAGAUAGCUCAAAUUCACUCCCAAAGCGCUUGCGAAGCCUUGCGGUCCCCCGAUUUGGCGCUUGUGCGACAAGGCUGUUAGCUGCGCUACAAUUUCAAAUCUAUGCCUUCCGGGGUUGGCUGACUUUUCGUCUUCAUCUGCUUUCUCAGAAGAUCCAACGAAGCAAACACGAGGUGGUCAUAGAGUAUGUGUACCAAGAAGAGGUCGACCCCUCGAACAUGAGCUUUGUAAUGGCAUCAUUUCAUGGAAUCGUCCACAUUUUCCCAUUUUCAUACCUCAUGUAUUGUUCGCGUGUUCAAUUAAUAUUUAUCGGCGAAGAGAGGGUGCCACUACAUGCGAUGCUCAGCAAGGAUUCGCCAUGA